CACGCGAAAUCGACGUCGGCUGCUUCGCCAUAUAUCAAAACUCCAUUCUCCGAGCAAAAUCCGCCUAGAAGAUACAUCUCCUGCACGUCGCGUCGGAACAUGCUCGCCAAACCGAUCAACAUGCCCAAGUGGUAUGUCUAUCUCUUGGACUGUCCAGUAUGCUGCUCAUAAGCUCAUCGUGAUCAUAGGCUAGAAGAGAACGGCCACCUCCUCAAGCCACCCAUCAACAACUAUUGCGUGUACAACGAGGAUGUCACUGUAAUGGUAUGUCCGUUUCGUGCCAAUGACAUCCGCCCUGCUGACGUCACCAAAGAUUGUCGGUGGCCCAAAUGCCCGUACCGACUACCAUAUCAACGAGACUCCUGAGUGGUUCUACCAGUACAAAGGCCGCAUGCUUCUGAAGACGGUCGACGACGGCAAGUUUAGAGACAUUUACAUCGACGAGGGCGAGAUGUUCCUGCUCCCAGCCAACACGCCACACAACCCCGUUCGCUUCGCGGACACGGUCGGUAUCGUGAUCGAGCAACAUCGGCCCAAGGACUCGAUUGAUCGCUUACGGUGGUAUUGCCAGAGCUGCGAGGAAAUCGUGCAUGAAGCUGCCUUCCAUUGCACGGAUCUGGGAACGCAGAUCAAGGCGGCUGUGAAUCAGUUCAAGGAGGACACGGAGGCGAGAACGUGCAAAAAUUGCGGGGAGUUGUGUGACACGGCGCCGAGGCAGAAGAGCUGAUUGGCGCUGAUCAUAUCGUAGAGGCGUAGUGGGAGUAAGGUGGUUUGUGAGGUCGUGUUAUUGCUCGGAGGCUAUAGGCAACUUAAAGGCCUCUCCAAGUAGCUUUGGCGAUGUGAUCGGCUUUCUUUUUCGUCGGCUUGAUGAUCCCAAGAUAUCUCAAUUCAGCAAGACCCCUCUGAAACAGAGCC